UGAGAGAUUCGCAUGUAAGUUUUUCAUCCUGGGAAUGAGAUAGGACCGCAAAGGGUUAAGCCAAACAGCUAUUUUUCCCCUGUAGGAGCCCAUGGAUUCUUAACCCUUACUGGUCCUAUGGGUCCAUAUGGUGCUACCAAUUUCAAGAAUUAUCCUCAUCUUGCAUCUGAACUUUUCUUGAAUAACAACAGUCAGCUUUACUGCAGCAAUGCAACUUAUUCAGUGAUUAAUUUACCAUGUGUCAUUUGCGUUUCUGCAUGAGUCCAGAGCAGAUUGAAAGGUAGGGAACUCUGACUUUAAAAAAAUUUGAAGAGAGCAAUUUUCAGACAUUUCCCAAUUAUUAUUUUUUCUUAUUUUUUGUAUGAUAUAUAAAGGCUCAAACGCUUUGUCACUCUGCAAUGAGGCAUGCAGUUUCUAGCACUUGGCUUCCUUGACAUUCUCUUCUUGAGAUGUUAAUAAAAUCAUUUGGAUGGACUAUUACUCAGGGUGUUCAGGAUUCCUGCCUUUGAACUACAUGGAAAAGGCACCUCAAACUGAUGCCUGGACAUUGCACAAGUCCAUCCCCAUGUCCCAAUCACACAAUCUUGAUUUUUUGGAAGAUGCAAGUGUGGGACGUUGUCCAUUGACCGAAGUGCAACAGAGACUUUCAGCAGAACUUGCCUCUCAUGUGAGGCAGUUGUCAGACCCAUCUGAUCGUAAGAGGGAGUAUUCCAAGAACCCUCCCACCACUGAUUAUGACAAUGUUGAGGAAAGUGUCUGCAGUGAUCCAGUUGCUUCCAACUCAACUGUGCACAAAGACAAGAAAGAAGUUGUGCUUAAAAGCCCCAUAGGUCCCAGGAAGUUGGUAAUUAUACGACAUGGAGAAAGAGUGGACUUCACAUUUGGCACUUGGAUCCCAUACGUCUUUGAACACUCUGGGAAAUACACUCGUAAGGAUCUGAACAUGCCACAUCUUCUUCCAACACGUGAAGAAGGCCAUCAAGCUUACUUCAAAGAUGGACCACUCACUCAACUUGGCCAUCUGCAGGCAAGAUCUGUGGGAGAUAUGAUGCAUGAAAUGGAUCUUCAUGUUCACCAUGUCUAUUGCUCCCCUUCAUAUCGUUGCAUUCAAACGUGUGAUUCUGUAUUACGAGACCAGCACGAGAUAAUUCAGGCAUGGACACCAAAGGGUUAA